AUGUCGCUCUCUUCGGGACUUACCCUGACAGAUCUCUCCGACUACCUCGCCCCCUCCCAAGCAUGCAUCAAACCCGUCACCUACAUCCCGGAAGAAUCCGACUCUUCAGCCCUUGACAAGCCUGCUGCUUCCGCUGCUGCUGAGAUCAUUAUUGGUGAUGACUCGGGGUUCUACGAGAAGGGCAAGGACGGCGAGAAGGGGAAGAAGUUGAAGAAGGCGGAGAUCACCUUGAACGACUGUCUGGCUUGCUCAGGCUGCAUCACUUCGGCGGAAUCCGUGCUGGUGUCGAUGCAGUCGCACGAGGAGGUCUACCGAGUCUUGCGGGAACAGCCGGACCUCACGCCCAUCCUCUCCGUCUCGCCUCAAUCAGUCGCGAGUCUGGCGGCGCUCUACGACCUGGGUCUGGCGGGGACGAUGCGAGGGUUGCGGGUUUUCUUCAAGCAACAUCUCGGCUUCCGACUUGUCUUCGACACCACCUUUCCCCGCGCGCUUUCCCUGCUCGAGAGCCGAUCCGAGCUGCACGAGCGGCGGUCAAACUACUACGCCUCGCCCUCGCCCUCUCUGCCCUCCCUCUUGACCGCCUCAACGUCCUCUCUCGCCGUGCCAACCAAGCUCUCCCCAGCCUCUUCCUCCAUCGCCCCCCUCCCAAUCCUCAGUUCCGCCUGUCCCGGAUGGAUCUGCUACGCCGAAAAGACUCACGGCGACCUCCUCCCGUUCGUCAGCGGCGUCAAGUCCCCACAAGCCGUCUCUGGCGUCCUUGUCAAAGGUGCAGUCGUCGCUGGCCGACUUGGUCUUCGACCUGAUCAGAUCUACCACGUCGCUGUCAUGCCCUGCUACGACAAGAAGCUCGAGGCGUCGAGGCCGGACUUUGCGACGACACAUCAGCCGCCGACUUUCGCGAAUGGGACGGAACCGGUUAGCGUGAGGGAUGUGGAUCUGGUUUUGACGACGGGCGAGGUGGCGAAGAUGAUCUCGGACAAGGGACUCUCGUUGCGGAUGCUUGCUGCGACUAGCGAGGCGGGCGACUUCGACGGUCGAGCGGAGGAACAGUACUUCCCUUUCUCGCAACUGCUCGACCCGCCUCGAGGCACAAGUUCCGGCUCUUACGUCCACGCCGCUCUCUCCUCCCUCCUUGCUCCUCCUUCCACGUCCGACUCGCCCUCCACUUCCCGAGCACCCAACAUCUCCCGCUCCGACUGGCCCUUCCUCCGCCUCGACUCGAAACUUGUCCGAAACGACGACUACGUCGAGUACACCCUCCGGCGCGUCUCUUCCUCCUACUCUCCCUCUUCCGCCGACUCGGCUACCGAAGCGGGCGACGUCCUCGUCAAAGCCGCGAAAUGCUACGGCUUCCGCAACCUGCAGAACGUCGUGCGCAAGCUCUCGCGCGAGGCGGGGAUCUCUGUCGGACGAGGCGCGGCGGGUAAAGCACCUGCCUCAAGUGCUGCGGCGGCUGCGAACGCGCGGAGGGCGGCGAAGUUGGCUGGUGGAGCGAAGGAGACGAAGGUCGAGCCGAUGAUCGAGUUCGUCGAGGUCAUGGCUUGCCCGUCUGGGUGUGUCAAUGGUGGUGGACAGGCUGCGCCGCCGAGGGAGUCGUUGCGCGCGCGGAAGCGGAGACCGAGCUGGACGGGCGCGGAAGCGGAGGGUUUCGUCGGGCGAGUGGAUGACGAAGGGAUGCCGGAUACGGUUGGCGAGGUCGUUGAGGCGGAGAUUAAGAUCGUUGCGAACCAGGACGCUGGGAAGGGUGCGGCGGGAGAAGGGACGGGCGUCGGCAGCGAUGAGGACCGGGUGUUGAGCGCGAAGGAGUGGGUGCAGGAGGUCGAGAAGCGGUAUUGGAGCGGCUCGACGGCGGAUGGACGGCCUCGGCAUAACGAAAUCGACAUCGACUCGAUCCAUCCGUCCGUCCGGCCUUUCGUCCUCGCAAUCCCGUCGCCGGAAGAGGAGGAGGCGCUCGCGAGGGUCUUGGACGAGAUGCUUGGCGGCGAUGAUGGUGCAGGACGGGAUGCUCGGCGGAAGGAGUUGUUGCGGACGAGCUACAGGGCGGUGGAGAGCGAGGAGGUGAACGGGUUGGCGGUCACUUGGUAG